AUGACUUGUGAACCUGCCCGCCAUUCAUCUCUUUGGUUCGACGAUGGCAAUGUCAUACUCCUUGCUAGUACGAAUCAGCUAGAUCCGCCAGGUCUGCUGUUCCGUAUUCACAAGAGUGUUCUGUCAAAGCACUCAGAAGUUUUCCGUGAUAUGUUUACACUGCCAACGUCCGAAGACCGCGGGCACUCAACGGAAGACCAGAAUGAGACGUACGAUGGCACUGCUCUCAUAAGAAUGCCAGAUACGGCAGAACAAAUUGAAGCUAUGAUUAAAGCUUUCUACGAACCACUAUACCUCGAAUUUGACAACCGGGACCCAGACCUUCCGUUACAACUGACCCCAUUGAUGGCUAUGGUCCGCAAAUACGAGAUUAAAGAAAUUGGAUCGCACCUAGAAAACCGAUUUAAAGCUGCAUGGCCAAAGACCCUUGAGGAAUGGGAUGAAAUCGAC